AUGUCCCUCAAAAUGGCUUCUCCACUUUAUCUGAUCUUUCUGUUCAUGAUCUCAGGAGCUCUUGGGAAUGAAUGGAGUGUGAAAUACAGCCAACUAAAUCUCUGUGCUUUAAAAGGAUCUACAGUGUUUAUGAACGGCACUUACACACACCCAACAGGUCUUACAGUGAAGAACAGGUUUUGGUUAAUAAACCCAGCUCACGGUAAAGAGUGGACUGAUCUGCGUAAUGAAUCAGGUUACUCAGACAGAGUGGAGUAUUUAGGAGAUGAACAGAAACACUUCUCCCUCAGACUCAGUGACGUGAAGAAAACAGACGAACACAUGUACUGCUUCAGAAUCAUAACAAACGAACACAAAGAAAAAUUCCUGGGUUUUCCCGGAGUUACACUCACUGUUACAGAUCUUCAAGUAAUCGCUCCUGCAGAAGUGACAGAGGGACAAUCAGCCAUUCUGACCUGUAAAACCACCUGCAGUCUGACUGAUCCCACAUUCAUCUGGUACAAAAACAGACGUGGUUUAACCACAAAGACCACCAAGAGCAAUGAAGUCCACCUGCAGCGGGUCAGCAGUGAGGAUGCAGGCAGUUAUAGCUGUGCUGUAAGAGGAUAUGAACAUCUCCCCUCUCCUGCUCAAACCCUCAGCGUCAGAUAUCCUCCAAAGAACGUCUCAGUGUCCAUCAGCUCCUUUAGUGAAAUAGUGGAGGGCAGUUCAGUGACUCUGACUUGUAGCAGUGAUGCUAACCCACCUGUGGAGAUCUACACCUGGUUUAAGGGGACAACAUCAGUAGGAAAAGGAAAGGCCUACAUCAUCUCCAAGAUCAGCAUUGAGGACAGUGGAGAGUACAAGUGCAAGUGCAGUAAUGAAGUCGGACAUCAGGACUCCAUCGGUGUAACUCUGAAUGUUCUGUAUCCUCCAAGGAACGUCUCAGUGUCCAUCAGCUCCUCUGGUGAGAUAGUGGAGGGCAGUUCAGUGACUCUGACCUGUAGCAGUGAUGCUAACCCACCUGUCGAGAUCUACACCUGGUUUAAGGGGACGACAUCAGUAGGAAAAGGAAAGACCUACAUCAUCUCCAAGAUCAGCACUGAGGACAGUGGAGAGUACAAGUGCAAGUGCAGUAAUGAAGUCGGACAUCAGGACUCCAUCGGUGUAACUCUGAAUGUUCUGUAUCCUCCAAAGAACGUCUCAGUGUCCAUCAGCUCCUCUAGUGAGAUAGUGGAGGGCAGUUCAGUGACUCUUACCUGCAGCAGUGAUGCUAACCCACCUGUGGUGAACUACACCUGGUUUAGGGGGAUGACAUCAGUAGGAAAAGGAAAGAACUACAACAUCUCCAACAUCAGCACUGAGGACAGUGAAGAGUACAAGUGCAAGUGCAGUAAUGAAGUCGGACAUCAGGACUCCAUCGGUGUAACUCUGAAGGUUCUGUAUCCUCCAAAGAACGUCUCAGUGUCCAUCAGCUCCUCUGGUGAGAUAGUGGAGGGCAGUUCAGUGACUCUGACCUGCAGCAGUGAUGCUAACCCACCUGUGGAGAAGUACACCUGGUUUAAGGAGAAAGAAUCAUCACCUGUAGGAUCUGGACAGAGUUACAGAGCUCUACAGAGUGGACAGUACUACUGCGAGGCUCAGAAUAAACACGGCUCUGAGAGAUCAGCUGCAGUGUCCGUCACUUUAAACGGUUUCCUUCAUGGUUCUUUGAUUGUGUAUGUGGCUGUUGGAGUUGGACUUUUUGGGCUUGCAGCUCUUCUCUCUGCACUCUUCUGGCUGAGAUGCAAGAGAAAGAAGAAAAAGGAAGAUGAUGGUGACUAUCAGACCGCUGGGCCGAGUGCUAAAGACGACACAUACGCAGCUCUCGAUCUCGCAGGCCGGACAGCUGAUGAUGUGUAUCACACACUUGCAACUUUGAAGAACAUGAUCAGUCCCGAAACAGCUGAUGAAUAG